CGGGCUGGAAGUGCCAGGAAGGGCGCUCUGCCGCCUGCGCCGCUCCUGGCGUGGGGUUUGGAGCUUCGGGGCCUUCCUGCUUCCCUUCCUUCGCUCCAUUCCCUCCCUCUCUUCUUCCUCCCUCUUUCCUUGGCCGCCGCGGUCCGGGUGGAAGCGUGUCGUUCUUGCCGAACCCCGCCUGUGCCUCCUGUUCCUCAGGCACACCCCCGGCACUGCGAGCUGGCAGUUCCCGGUGUCUGUCUGUCUGUCAUCUGUCCCAGCCCGUGCGCGCAGUCCUAUCCCAGGAAAGAAGGGGGGAGCUUGGAAUGCUCCGGAUUAGUUUUUGUUUCGUUAGUUUUUGUUCUGCGUAAUCUUCUGGUGACGUUGACGUUUCCCGAGGGAAGCUCGCGGAGAACAAUUGUUUCUUUCCAUGCUGUAGUUUUGCUCUCGAGUUGAAAAUAGGAUCAUUAGCCUGGGAAUUUAAAGAUUGAAUACAACUCAAAGCGAGACUCAUAAUAAAGCUGGAAUGUGCCCAACCCUCAUAAUAGACGGAUCAAAAAUGUAAAUAAUUUUGUGAAGCUCAAACAACAGUUUGCAAUCUUUCUGCAAUUUUCCUAGAGUUUUUUAUCAUCUAAAGACUGAAUAUGGACCCUGAAAGUGAAAUAAAGAAGCAAAUAAACCCCUUUUACUGCAAUAUUUGCAAAAUCUGGUGUUCUUCUGCAUUAAACCUGCAGACUCAUUUCCUUGGAGCAAAACACAGGACGGUUGAAGAAGCACUGAAAACUCAUGGCAUGAUUAAAACAGAAGGUUCCUUAGGAAAGAAAUUGAAAACAACUGUGAAACUUCCUGAUUUUGUUAAAACAGAAAGUUGCUUAGGGAAGAAAGUGAAAACACCUGUGAAACUUUCUGAUUUUGCGCCACUUGAGCCAGAGAAGUUUCAUGGACAGACACUGGAAGACCAGCUUAAUACAUGUAAAGAAUCAGAACCUGCACUUGGACUUAAUUACAUAAUAGAAUACCGAACAAAGGACAAUGUUCCUUUUCUCUAUGAAUGUCAACUAUGUUACUGUAAAACAGGACUGAGUAACAUGUUCAUGCAUGUCUGUGGUUCCAAGCACAGACUGGCAUACUUGAGACAACAUUAUCCAGAGAUAGCACAAUCUGAUGAAGUCAAGGGUAAAGGCUCUGAACUAAACAAAAGAGUUAGGCAAAUUGGAUUAACAAUUGAGAAGAAAGAAGGAAGAAAACAAAUACAGGUUGUUAUAGGUGUUCCAAAAAUGAGAAGGAAAUGGCAAGAAUCUCACAGUGCAGAGGACAACCCUUCAAAAGCUAAAGUUCAGCAUGUGGAUGCACCCCUUAGUGAUGCAGAAAAAACAGAUAAUAAAGAUGGGAAACUGACAGAGCCUAAGCAAGAUGAAAAUAAUGUUCAGGAGGAGAAUGAAGAAAGGCAGAAAGAACAAGCAAAACCAGAUGAAAAAGUUGAACCUAAUAAUGCUAUUGAAAGCAGCAAAGGCAACGACUCAGAAUGGUGUGAGACCAAUAAACAAUCAGAAGAAGAAAACAAGGAAGCUCAGCAAGAAUAUACAGCAGAUCCUGAAGAAUUCACUAGUCAAGAAGAACUGUUGGGUUAUUUGCAAAGUUUUGAGAUACUGAAUGAAGAUGAUGCUUCAUUUAUCCUGAAAGUUACACAGACUCUCACAAAUGCACUGGUGGAAUAUCGUCAGCAGGCUGCAUCAAACAAAGACCACCUAGGUGCUGGAUAUAAUGGAGAAGCAGCCCUAGAAUAUUCCACAGAACAGCCUGGCCCAACUUCAGCAGAUAUUAAUGAUUCUGACACUGACUACACAAGCAGCUGGUCAGCUAAGCAGUUCUUACCAGCCAAUGAAGGUGAAGCCCAGAACUUUUCAACUGGCGCUCUGGAAACAGCAUAUGAGAACAACAUCACAACUGAAUUUUUGAAGAGUGUAAGAAACAUGAAUGCUGAGGAAGUUACUGACACCCUACACAAAAUAGCAGCAUCAAAUCCAGCUUUCAGAGGAAUUGAUAUACCGAAUGUUAUAAGGAUCCUGACUGAAAGCGGAACUCUGAGGGGACCAAGCAAUGGCAGCACACAGUGACGUGGUACUUAAUAGAGAUAAUGUAGCAAUGUUUCCUUUCUGUAAGUUUGUUGUUUUACUUCAUUUGACCUCAGUGGAGUUAUUUUGUUUUACAUUUAAGUUUUGUACAGUGUUUUUUAUAUUAAAUUAAUAACUUGCUUUUGAUGUUCUUGUUAUUUAUUUUUCCAUUUAGCUGAAAGUUCUAUAUUGUGGAAAGGUUGUAAAGCUCAUGCUCAUUCUUUCUGUGUUAAGACAGCUUUUUAAAACAGGUAAACUUGCUUUCUUCAGUAUUAUUAAAUACUGUACAUUGACAGUC